GUCGCCUCUCUCACAAACCGCGUCCUCUCACAAUCGACCUCAUCCCAUCAGGCAACCCGCACACAAUACAGUGCCUUUCGCAACCACACUCGAAACUUGUCCCUACCGGAGCUUCAAGGCACACCUCGAAUACGUUGCAUCUACCUGCCUUCACCCAAAGUUCAAAAUCCUCAGCCAUGGCGCCCAACGAAUCCGAGAUCCUCACCAACUACCUCCUCCAGCCCGCGCCCCUCACCGCCAUCACCACCUUUGAGCAGUUCCGGGCCUUCUUCCCGCGCCCGCUCCAGUCCUCACCGCAGGUGCGCGCCCUGUUCCGCGACCUCCAGGCCCGCCGCAAUGCCGUCGUCGACGCCGUCGCCGCCAACAUCGCCGCCGAGGCCAAGCGCGGGGCCGUCAUGCGCCGCGAGGUGCUCCGGCUGCGGCGCGAGGCCGAGCGCGACGACGUCGACGGCGAGAUCGAGAUGGAGAGGGCUCUCUUCGGGGAUGAGAGCGGCGCCAAGAAGGCCCGGCAUACGCUCCCCUCCGUCGUCCCAGAGCUAGACGGCGCGGCUGAUGCGCUCGAGGCAGAGAUCAAGCAUCUCGAGGCGGAGGAGCGAGCGCUUCUCGAGUCUAUUCGGCAGACAGUCGGUGGUCUGAGCGACCUGCGCUACGGCAAGCUCGCAAACGAUCAGCUACGGGACGACAUCUUGGACGGGCUCAAGUCGCUGCAAGCCGCCUGCGACGCCAAGUCUUGAUCCAAACAAAACUAUUACACUGGUAUACUAUUCAUGACAACGGACGUCCCACUUGUGAGGCGUGUGUCCAGCA